AUGGAAAAUUUAUUGAAAGACUUCGAUGUGGAUCACAAAAACCCUUCCUUAGAGGCUCAGAGGAGAUGGAGAUCCGCCGUCUCGCUGGUCAAGAAUCGCCGCAGAAGGUUUCGAUUUGUUCCUGAUCUAGACAAGCGGUUUGAGGUCGAGAAGAAGAAGCAGAAAAUCCAGGAAAAAAUACGAGUUGCUCUCUAUGUUCAAAAGGCAGCUCUGCAGUUUAUCGAUGGUAAUGCUGGUGGACGAAAUGAAUACACCCUAUCUGAAGAGGCUAGAGAAGCAGGUUUUAGCAUUCAUCCAGAUGAACUAGCAUCUAUUGUACGUAGCCAUGAUAGUAGGGCCUUGAAAUUCCAAGGUGGAGGUGAGGGAAUUGCACGGAAAGUAUCUGUUUCACUGGAUUAUGGAGUAGGUGAUAAGGAUAUACAAACUAGGCAAAAGAUUUUUGGCUUCAACCGAUAUACAGAGAAACCAUCCAGAAGUUUUCUUAUGUUUGUAUGGGAAGCUCUACAAGACUUGACAUUAAUUAUCCUUAUGAUAUGUGCUGUGGUCUCUAUAGGAGUAGGAAUUGCCACUGAAGGAUGGCCAAAGGGCAUGUAUGAUGGCUUGGGAAUCAUACUCAGUGUAUUGUUGGUUGUCAUGGUCACUGCUAUCAGUGACUAUAAGCAAUCCUUACAAUUCAGGGAUUUGGACAAGGAAAAGAAAAAGAUUUUUGUCCAAGUCACCAGGGAGGGGAAAAGACAAACAGUUUCCAUUUAUGACUUGGUUGUUGGAGAUAUCGUUCAUUUGUCUAUUGGAGACCUAGUUCCUGCUGAUGGUAUUCUUAUAUCAGGUUACUGUUUGUUGAUUGAUGAAUCAUGUUUAUCAGGUGAGAGUGAGCCUGUUAAUGUGCAUGAUGAAAAACCUUUUCUUCUUUCUGGAACCAAAGUGCAGGAUGGGUCAGGGAAAAUGUUGGUAACAACAGUCGGCAUGAGGACUGAAUGGGGAAAGUUGAUGGAAACUCUCAGCGAGGGAGGAGAAGAUGAGACCCCACUGCAAGUCAAGCUGAACGGGGUUGCUACAAUUAUUGGUAAAAUUGGUUUGGCUUUUGCUGUGCUGACAUUUGUGAUAUUGACAGGAAGAUUUUUGGUGGAAAAAUUAAUUCACAAUGAGAUUACUAGCUGGUCGUCAAGUGAUGCACUUAAACUUUUGAACUACUUUGCUAUUGCAGUGACUAUAAUAGUUGUUGCAGUUCCUGAAGGAUUACCACUGGCAGUGACACUGAGCCUUGCUUUUGCGAUGAAUAAAUUAAUGAGUGAAAGGGCACUUGUAAGACAUCUGUCUGCAUGUGAGACAAUGGGUUCUGCCAGUUGUAUUUGCACAGAUAAAACAGGAACAUUAACCACAAACCAUAUGAUAGUUAAUAAAAUCUGGAUAUGUGAAAAAUCUAUAGAGGUAAAAGAUAAUAAGAGUGGAGACAUAGUGAAAUCAGAGAUAUCUGAAGAUGCUUUAAGCAUCCUUCUGCAAACUAUAUUUCAAAAUACCAGUUGUGAAAUUGCCAAAGAGGAUGGGAAAGUAAAAAUCUUUGGAACACCUACAGAAUCAGCAAUAUUAGAAUUUGGCUUGCUUUUGGGUGGCGAUUUUGAUGCCCAGCGUUCAGCCUCGAAGAUACUUAAGAUCGAACCUUUUAAUUCAGUGAGGAAGAAAAUGUCCGUGCUUGUGGCUCGUCCUGAUGGUGGGAUGCAAGCUUAUUGCAAAGGUGCAUCAGAAAUAAUAUUAGGAAUGUGUAACAAGGUUGUUGUUUGUAAUGGGCAACCUGUUCAUCUAUCUGAGGAGUUUAAAAGGAAUAUCAGUGACGUUAUAAAUUCUUUUGCCUCUGAAGCUCUGAGGACUCUUUGCUUGGCUUUCCAAGAUAUAGAUGAUUCUACAAAUGAACUCAGCAUCCCUGAUGAUGGCUAUACAUUAGUAGCAGUUGUUGGAAUCAAGGACCCUGUGCGCUCUGGGGUAAAGGAUGCUGUUGAAACUUGUUUAGCUGCUGGAAUAACUGUUCGAAUGGUCACUGGUGACAACAUAAACACUGCUAGGGCAAUUGCCAAAGAAUGUGGCAUUCUAACACCAGAUGGUUUGGCUAUUGAAGGAACGGAAUUUCGUAAUCUGUCUCCUGAGCAGAUGAAAGAAAUUAUACCUAGAAUUCAGGUAAUGGCCCGGUCCUUGCCGCUGGACAAGCAUAAAUUAGUGACGAAUUUGAGGAGUAUGUUUGGCGAGGUUGUGGCUGUGACUGGAGAUGGGACCAACGAUGCCCCUGCUUUGCAUGAGGCAGACAUCGGGCUUGCUAUGGGCAUUGCAGGAACAGAGGUUGCAAAAGAAAAUGCUGAUGUCAUCAUAAUGGAUGACAAUUUCUCAACUAUUGUAAAUGUAGCAAAAUGGGGUCGUGCGGUGUACAUAAACAUUCAAAAGUUUGUCCAGUUCCAGUUGACUGUUAAUGUUGUUGCUUUGGUGCUCAAUUUUGUCUCUGCAUGCAUCUCAGGAUCUGCUCCUCUUACUGCUGUGCAAUUGCUUUGGGUCAACAUGAUUAUGGACACUCUUGGUGCAUUAGCACUAGCUACAGAACCUCCUCAUGAUGGACUAAUGAAAAGGCAGCCGGUAGCAAGGGGUGCAAGCUUCAUUACAAAGGCCAUGUGGAGGAAUAUCAUUGGUCAGAGUAUUUAUCAACUGGUUGUCCUUGCAAUUCUCAACUUCGAUGGGAAGCAGCUGCUUAGACUUGCUGGCUCAGAUGCAACUGAUGUUCUCAACACUGUGAUAUUCAACUCAUUUGUGUUUUGCCAGGUGUUUAAUGAGAUAAAUAGCCGUGAUAUAGAGAAGAUAAAUAUAUUCCGUGGCAUGUUUGACAGCUGGGUAUUCCUUGGUGUUAUGGUUGGCACAGUAGUCUUCCAAGUGAUAAUAGUUGAGUUUUUGGGGACACUAGCGAGCACUGUGCCACUUAGCUGGGAAUUAUGGUUGCUGAGCAUUAUAAUUGGAUCAAUUAGUUUGCCAGUUGCAGUUGUCCUCAAGUGCAUCCCUGUUGAAUUUACAGCUAAACACCAUGAUGACUAUGAAGCGCUCCCAAGUGGUCCAGAAUUGGCUUAAAAACAGGGGCAAGGAAACAGUUAACGUUAUUUCGACCAAAGAAGAGAGCACAAUCUCCAAAGUUGUACGACCAUUAAGUAGUCCUCAAACUUACUAGUAUUAAAAGGAAAUUUGCUUUCAUUGUGGAAAUCGAGACUCCUAUGCAUUGUUGGGUGAAAGAGAUACAGAUCUUAUGCUCUUGAAAUUCUGCGCAGGAUAGGAAAAAACGUCUCAGGUUUCUCAUCAUGUUAUGCAUACCUCCAUUUUUGGGUUAAGACAGAUUGGAAUGAAGAGAUGGACUAAUGUGCUUAGUUUGAAGCUUUCAAUUGAACUGCUAAGUCAUUUUGUUCAAGUGUCUCAAGGCACUUUGAGAUGCCUAGUAACAGCCAUGCAAAAUGAGAUUAUGUAACAGAAUGGCAAAAUGAGAUUCAGAUUAUCAAAUUAACAAGUCUUAUCUUUAUUUUGCUUAUAUAUAUAUAUAUAGAUAAAAUAAGAUUUAUUAUUGUUAACGUUAAAUAACAAUAAUAACAGAAUUCGGUAAUCACAAACAUAAUCAGCUAAAGAAAUUACCAAAUCAAAAAAAAAUCACGACAAACCAUAUAACAUAUUAAGAGCAAUUGAGAAAAUAAUAAUAAUAUGGAAAUAAAAAAUGAUAAACUAUAAUACUACAAUACUAUCCCGUGUAAGAUAGGAAAUGAUGAUAACAACGAAUUAUUUUGAAAAAUGUGGUCGCCUUUUAACUUUCGACAUAAUAAAUACAACACCACAAUGAAAUAACUCUCUCUCUCUCUCUCUC